AUGCCAGUCCCAGCAUCCGUGCUUCAGGCAGGUAGCAAGGUUCUGGUAGUUGGGGGAGGUAUAGGUGGUCUCUCAUAUGCAUAUUUUCUUUCUAGAUUGAGACCAGAUAUAAAGGUGAAGCUGCUGGAGACCAGGCAGAAUUGUCGCGGGAGCAUUGUUUCCAAACCAACCUCCCUUCCUGAUGGCAGUGUGGUAAACUUGGAGAAAGGCCCUCGAACCCUGCGCGGGGUUUCGGACAGCGCCGUGAUCAUUAUGGAUCUAGUGCGCCAGCUAGGCGAAUCCCAAUCAAUUUACGGGAUAGCGAAGGAUAGUCCUGCGAACCGGAAGUUUCUGCUGGAUCAUAAGGGCGAACUGCUGCAGUUGCCGAACUCUUGGAAGACAUUUCGCAAAUUCAUGCAGAACCCGCUGAGCGAUGGCCUCGUAAGAGGAAUAUUAGGGGAGCCAUUUAGACGUACUCGACCGGAAUCAAGUGCCGAUGAAUCUGCGUUUGAUCUUUUUGUGCGGCGAUUUGGGAACGCACAAGUGCCCAACAACCUUUUGAGCUCGCUUUUCCACGGCAUAUACGGCGAUGACAUUCAGCUACUUAGCGCGCAGCGGAUCGCGCGCCGGUUUUACGAGAUGGAACAGGAGCACUCAUCAUUCAUCAGGGCUGGCAUAUCCGGGAUCUUUAAGAAGCCCGCACUGUCUCUAUCACUUGACAAAUACCAAGAGACAUUUGGUAGAGACAAGGAAGAGUUGCUCCAGCUGAAGAAGACUCUAAGCCAGUUCCCGAUUUUGGGUUUCAAAGGCGGAAUGGAAUUCCUGCCCCGGCUAAUCCUAAAAGAACUUAGCGGAAUGCCAAACGUGGAGAUCUGUACCGGGAAACUCGUGAGCGCCGUCUCCCCAGCGAAAGACGGCAAGAUAGAGGUUGUAGCGAAGGACGGCACGCGUUACACGGGCAUUGACCACGUUCGCCUAGCAGUCAGCCCAAUGUCUAUCAAACGGAUGCUCUCCGAGCAGUCCAUCUCGAGCCACCUAGAGCGUGCUUCUGCCAACACCAUAGCAGUCGUUAACUUCUACCUUCCCAAAAAAGAUGUCAUCGCUGAUUACCACAGCUUCGGAUACCUGGCGCCGAUCUCCAUUCCAAACCCCCACAAGCUGCUCGGCGUGAUUUUUGAUUCGGUGGUGGAGCGGAGCUACACGCCGCUGUUUGCACCAUCCACCGACCGCUUCGCGCAGGGCCAAUAUACAAAGAUGACAGCGAUGAUGGGGGGCCACUAUUUUUCACAGCAAGACUUGCAGAACCCCCCUUCCGAAGAUGGAAUCAUACAGAAUAUCAAGAAUGUUUUCAAGCGCCAUUUGCACAUAUCCGAAGCUGAUCUGGCUGCUGCCCACUGGAGUGUCACACUGGCAAAGAACUGUAUUCCCCAUUUCCACGUGGGAUACAACCAGUGGGAAACCGUCCUACGCGGAAAAAUACAAAGCGAAUAUGGGCACCGUAUAUCCCUCGGUGGUAUGGCUUUCAGCUCUGGCCCUGGCGUUCCUGACGUUUUCAUGAAUGGCUUCCUCGAUGCUGUAUCCAUGGCAAAGUGA